UGGCCUCUCCCCCUCUCCCUAUCCAUUGGGGAUUGGUCGUUCCCCGGCGUUGUGUUACAGGACGGAGUAUCGCAAUAUGGCUUCCGCCACUGUGAGCAAGUGAGAGUACUCCAAUGUGUCAAUUCCAUUGAAAAAAAAUCGUAAAUAAGUGACUGGCAGUCGAAAUAUCAAUCAAACAAGUUCAAUCAAUCUCUCAAUAAUUCCUGACAUCGAACAAGUUAAUUUAAUAAUAAGUGAUUAAAGGUUAGGAAUAUUGAAUGAGUGUUUGCGGUGGUUUAAAUGGGCCCAAACAGUCACCAAGUUGCCCCCGUGAUUGUGAAUAAAACCUCAGAACUGACGGAAUAAGAAUAGACAUUGAGUGCGCAGUGGAAUCGAUGAAUGAAAAGAACUUGAAUAGAAGUAUUACACUCGGUGUCAAUGACGAGUAUUUUCAUUUUCAAUCUAGUAUUUCAAAAAUUAUCGCGGUGGUGAGAGACGUUUGGGGGAACCGAGGGAGUCCUUCAACCUCGUGUAUUCCAAAUUGUUUCGAUGCGUUAGCGGAUGCGCGUUGACUGAAAAAUUCGAAGCCCAACAGUUUCAUAACUAAAUUAAAGACAAUAAACGACAAUUGUCAACCUCGAGACGCUACAAUUUCGUUAAUAAGGUGACAAAUUAGUGGAACACUGAGUGCCGGAUGAUCAGGUUGAAUGGGAUUUCACGCGAAUGGAAUCGAAUAGACAGGAGGGCUCAGGAGAAAAGAAGCUGGUCUCUCUUUCCUGUGGUCGAGUAGUCACGUAGCCGCGCGUGUACUCACUAUUUUUUUUUUUUACUCGGAAAUUGCAUUUGUGUGCGUAAAAUACUCGCACGCGCACAAACGAGGUAAAAAAAAACGGAGAGAAUAAGAAAUACGAGAGGAUGGAGAAAUGAAUAAAGGGGGUUGCCGGUGGAUGGGGGAUAUUGUAUACAUAAAUAUACUGUCUUGUAGAAAACCUGGCGAAUAUAUCGGUGUAUAGAAGAGACAGAGACAGUACCAGCUGCGCGCGUUUUAGUGGUUUUUGUGUAUGAAACCGUGAGAGACGGUAAAGGCAAGUAGUUGUAGAGCUGAGUGAGUGAGCUGCGACGUUGCCAGAGCAUUGGCCCCUCUCCCUCGGCCUACUGUAGACCCCCCUCUCACCCUUCCCCCAUUGGGUUAUAUACCACUUCUAUCCUUCUGGGGAUUUUCAUUUGUAUGUGUGUGUUAUCUUCUAAACUCUUGGCCAUUGAUGUGAGUGAAGGAGAGAAACGGCGAAAGAUUGAAAUGAGACGGUGAAAUUUUUUUCCCCCAUCUCUGGACCUAUUUGGGGUCACAAAGGAUAUGUUUAUUCUGGAGACGAGGAAUCUAGUGAUUAUUUGAAUACAGAAUGAACAUAGUUAUUGAACAUUUGGGACAUUUUUACUGAGUUUUUAUCGACUGCGUUUGGGUUAUUGAGUGUCGAAUACUCUCAAGUUGUACUUGAGCUGUCGAAAAGUGCUGUACUUGAUGCCAUGAGAGCCGGGGUGACGAUAGACACGUGACACAACGACAUCAAGUGCACGAGAACGUCAUGAAGAGGCCGCGCGUGGACCGGGACCGGCUUCGAGAGCGUGAGCGUCAGGCACGCGCGGCGAUGUCGGUCCAGGCAGAGCAAGCGGCAGCAGGCGGUGGUCCGGAUUCCCGCCACGGCCACCACAACCACGGCCACCAUCAUCAUCACGCCAAUUCCCACGCAUCCUCUGCCUCUUCGCUCUUCCGUGCUCCCGUCAAGGUUAAUCCUGACGCGCAAGAUCGUGCCACCCAGCAAAUCCAGUCAAAAUUGGGCAAUUACUCACGUGUGAAGCACCUACUGGUCGAGCCUCAGAUGCUGUUCGGUGUGGUUGAUGUACCACCGAGUCCAGCACCAGCCUCAGGUGCACCACCACGAUUACAAAGUAGAAGUAAUUGUCCAAAUUCACCUUCAACCCAAGAGUUUAAGAAACCUGGCUGCAAUGGUUCACGUGGUGGAUCAUCAACCAGCCACACAUCACAAAGAGGUGGUUUUGUUAAACCCGCUGAUGGUAAGCCACCCUAUGGUGGACGUGGUGGUUAUCCAGGCCAACCAGUUAAACAUGGUGGCAAUAGCAAUGAUCACAGAAGCCACGGUAUUAUACCAGCAAAGGGACCACCACUUGGGACUGGUGGAAAUUCAGCCGGAAAUAGCUCUGGCCCUGCCUCUUCCGGUAACUGUCCUCCUUUGACUGGUAAUACGAGAAUUCAUGCUGCUGGAUCCAGGCCUAUCAGGCCACCCGCUGAUAAUGGAAUGAGACAUGAUCUCAACGAUAGUGCCGACCUCGAGAAUAUCCUCAAGGAAAUGACGAUGCCGCCCACACCUCUGACGGCAAUCGCACAGACGCCCAGGAAAGAAACCGAGUCUAAGUUUACGUUUAAUCCGGUUCUCGCUAAGCUGACUGAAGUGCCACCACCGGAUUCUUCCAAACCACCACAACGCGAGAGACAUGGGAGCAGAUUAUCUUCUGAUCUGGCACGUGAUUUGAGCCUCUCUGAGGACAGCGACGACGAUGGUCUCAAGCAGGGUGCAACAUCAAGAUUACAAAGGCCCAGAUCGCCCGUGCCAAAUAUGGAUUUGCCAUCAACACUCCUCCCUCCAAUGAUGCCAGCGCCUCUUCCCUUGACUCCGGUGGAGACAUCCCCAAUGGCGAUGUCACCACUGGGUCCCCUGUUGCUCCCCCGUCCUCUAUCACCGCCACGAGCAACUCCCCCGAAGCAAUUAUCACCGGAGCGUUUGCUGUCACCAUUGGCUCCAUCCCCCCGAAAGCACUCGCAGAGCCCAGGUGUCCAGUUGCGACCUCCCAGUCCACCAGGUCAUGCACCCCAGAGUUCUGGAUCGGCUUCAUCGAGCUCUGAUUCCGGUUCGGACUCGGGAUCGGACAGUAGUGAUGACUCUGAAGACGAGAAUGGACCGGUAUUAACUAAAGGUCCUAGCACACCACCACCAGCAUCACCAAGGGCAUCACUUGAAGAACCACCGGCUGAGGAAUCCAAGCCCCGUUGGAACUUGAGUAGCUUUCUGGACCAAAAGUCAGUACAAUCUGGUCUGAAUUCAGACAACAAAUUGUCCCAGGAUGUGCUGAGACGAGACAGUUCGCCUGAGGAAGUGCCAAAAGACUCGCGGACAAGUAGAUCGGAUGGUGAUGAUGACUGGCAGGCGAACGAGACGAUAAAGAGAACAAGAGGUUCAGCUCUAGCGACUCUCAGCGACAGUGAUCACACCUCCGACACAGACAAGAAGAAGAUUGAGGAGCCCAGAGUGGUGAUACCUGAGAAGCCGAAGCCCCCGGACGUGCGUAAACGCGGUAGACCCAGAAAAUCGGUCAAAGAGGCUGUCAAAAGUCCAAAGAGCCACAGAACGAUUGCUGAGGAGGCAAAACCGAGCUCCAAGCGCAACAGACAGCGAAGUGUCAGUAGUCCCAAGAAGAAGAAGACGCCAGUGACAAAAGCCACGGUUGAAAGUAGCGAGGACGAAGCCAGUGAUGUCAGAUCAAGUGACUCCGAAUGCGACCAAAGGAUUCCUCCACCAGCCGCACUUCCGGAGAAACGUGAAUCCCGACUGAGUUUGUCAUCAAGUGAAGAUGAGAGACCAACAAAGCACAGUGCCUCUGAAGACGAAUCUGACUGGAGACGACUACCGACAAAGCGCUCAAAACUGAUGGACUCACCAAAGAAACAGGAGAAGAAGAAGAGUCCGACGAAGGCAAAGCCCCGACGUCCACGACCACGGGUGACAAACACCUCAGGUUGUGCAAGCGAUUCGGACAGUGAAUCUGAGACAGCUCACAGAAAUAACAGGCAAAUAGCGAGGGUACCACCACGUCCACGUGCCCCUCCAACGCGUGCAACAUCAUUGGAUAAUUCCGACAGUGACAAUAGUUCAGCACCAAAGCUUCAGGAGGAAGACGGUGGUAAUGUUCAAGAUAAGAAGAAGAGUGACACAUUGAGAAAGCUCUUUUCAACUGCCAAGGGUGGCGCAAAGGGUGGUGGUAAGGGUGGAAAAGGUGGAAAGGGCGGUGGUAAAUGUGGUAUUUACGUUGAAGAGUACACAGGCACAGCAAACACACCGACGGGUAGUGAAAGCCCAUACAAAAGGCCUUCAUCACAGGCUUCCACAUUACCAAGUUUUCCAUCCCUAACGUAUGCCAAUGGAAUGCCAAGUCUAAUAUGUAAAAUCGAUUUAAAUAGAAUCCCUCAUAUACCCCAAUCGUCAAGGGGACAAGAGCUCAGAGAGAGAACAGAAUUGCCCGACACAAGGCCAGCAUCACGACAAUCCAAUGUUAAAACGGAACGCCCACCUACCCCUGAGGAGGGCGAAAUUAUUGAUACAGUGUCACCAACAGACUACAGAACUCACGGUGAUAACAAUGAGAUUGAUGACAAAGUUAAACGUACAAUUAAAAGUGAUAAUGAUAGUAAGAAUAGAGCGGGUCCCAGUGGUAGUGGUACAAGUGGUGCUAGUGGAUUGAACGGUAAUGCACCUAAACGAAAACGUAAUCCAAGUUGUACUUCUGUUUCGAGUGUUAGUGUUUGUUCAGUUGAGUCUAAAGUUAAGUCUGAGCACAAGGAGAAGAAGAAGAGGAAACGGAAACACGGGGACAAGGAGGCAGGAAUAGGGAGACCGGCUUCACGACAGAAUGAUGCACAACCAACUAAUCACGAACGGGAAGAGAAGCCUGAUAUUCACCUGCUGCCACCACCGGCAGCGCCACCCCAGAGGGUAUUCUUCUCCUACUUCAAUCCCCUGAAUGAAGUUCAAGAGGACCAGGUUCGGGACCAAAAUCAGUACCUGACAGAAGCUAAAAGAUUGAAGCACAGCGCAGACCAAGAGUGUGAAUUAACAGCCCAGGGUAUGUUGUACUUGGAGGCAGUCCUGUACUUCCUUUUAACCGGUCAUGCUAUGGAGUCCGAUCCGGUAACUGACAGGGCCUCCUUCACCAUGUACAAGGACACACUCAGUCUCAUCAAGUACAUCUCUUCCAAAUUCAAGAGCCAACAGAACAAUUCACCCGAGAGUAGUAUACACAACAAGUUGGCGAUCUUGAGUUUAUGGUGCCAGUCCCUUAUUUACCUGAAACUCUUCAAAAUGAGGAAAAAUGAAACCAAAGAGAUUCAGAAGAUCGUUGGUGAUUAUCAUCAAAAGUGUGCAUUCCAGUUCGCUUCUUCACAGUCAACACAGUCAACUGCUGUACAGCCUGAGGGCCAAGGUACUCCCUCUCUCUCACCCACCCCGUCGCCAGCAGGUUCGGUUGGGUCAGUUGGUAGUCAGAGCUCGGGUUACAGCAGUGGCGAAUUAGCAAAUCGUGGGGCUGCGACUGGACAACCACCAGCAGCAAUGUACGUCAGUGUUCCAUUAAAUGUUCAUUCGGCUAUGCAGAAAUUGACUCAUCAGUUUUCAUUACUUAUGAGUUGCCAUGAACUUUGGGAUCAGGCUAAUGCACUUGUGACUGAUAAGCAUCGUGAAUUUUUCGUCGAAUUGGAUGAAAAACUUGGUCCCCUCACGUUGAAGAGCUCCCUGCGAGACCUAGUGCGUUACGUGCAAGCUGGAAUAAAGAAACUACGAGCCCUCUGACCCCAGUGGCACAGUCCCAGGCCGCCCACUCCCAACUACAUAACGGCUCUCCCUCACAACAUGACAACGUAUCCCACAAUGUUCACGUAGCCGUCUCGUCACGUGUAUCAACUCGCUGCAAGGGCAAUAAUUAAUUCAACUAGUUUUCUACAAGAGGGCAGGGAGCAAAUGGUAACGAAUAAGCUGGGUGGUUGGGACGCGAUGAAAAUCAUCCCACAUUUGUCAAAUUAAACAAUAGCAGAGGGAUUUUAAAAACCCCCCAAGUAACGCUGAGGAGCUUGACGACGUGUAUGAUGACACCGUUGUCAAUAUUAAGAUGAGUUCAGGUUCGUAAUUCAUUCUAGUAGUGAUUGAGAGCACGUUACUUAGUCAUACUGAGCAAUUUCAAACUUUAAAAAGUGCAUGAGACUGCGAUGUGAUGAAUUUACAUAAUACUGAAGGUAUCAUUGAUCGGUAGGCCUCGAUAUUUUUCCCCCCCGUCUCCACUCUCAAAAAACCAAAAUCCAACGUGUCCUGCUUUUGUAAAAUGUGCGUAGAUGAAAAUUAAAUAAACCUAGUGGUGCUGUCGAUUGAGUGUACUUGAUGCUACCCAAGUAUUCUCGAUGAUUGAUAGAUAGAGGGGAAAAUAAACUCGACUCAUGCGCACUAAAAAUGGCGCCCACAGAAUUAUAAAUAGUUUAUUUACUUAUAGACGAAUUAUAAUAAAAUAACAUCAGAUAGAUCUAAUGUUAAAGGUAAAAAUUAAUAAAUUAUUGAUAUGAUCUGUAUAUCAGCGCGCUCGCCCUCGUGUUAUUUGCGUGUGGAGAGGGGGAAAAAUUGACAGACUAAUCAAUUGACCGCGUAUGCCUACCGAUUGUACAUUGUGAAUACGAUAAAUCGCGGAUGGAACAAUUUUUUGUAGAUAAGAUUUAAAAAAUCAGUAAUGAGAAUAAUUUAACUAUUAAAUUAUCAAAAAUACAAAAGGAAAAAAAAUGCAAAAAAAAUCAAUACAUAUUCUUUACAUUACCUAGUUGAUAUUGGGGAAAAACUAGAGGUUUUAGUGAAUCAAUCGAAUAUAAAUGCAAGAGCAGUACCGAAACAUUAGAUUUAAUUGUGAUUGAAAGAUUCGAAGUUUUAUUAAUGAGUAAAAAAAAUAUGAAAACAAGAAAACAAGUAAGAAGUAAGUUGCUCAUGUGUAUAUUUUUGUAAAUAGGUAUUGUGAGUGCCGCCGCCUUGAGGGAAGAGUUCUCUGGAAAAUUGUCAGUUAAUUGCGAUUUAAAGAGUCUCUUGUCCGCCCCAAAUUUUUGCUACCAUAUGUCUUACCGAAAUGAAAGAAGAUAAAGGAACUAAGAGAUGAAAUAAAACAUUUUAAAAUUAUACCAGAUGAUUAUCUGGCGCAGAUAACACCAGUCCACCGAUAUUUUUUUCUUUUUUUUUUAUUAUUAUUAUUUGGAAAUUUCUCUCAGCCACGAGGAGGAGAAAUAGUCCAUACUUACUUCCUUUCUUGCUUGUUUUCAAUUACUAUCUCAUUCUCAAAAAUCAUGAGUGUUUCUACUACUAAAAUGAAUGCAUUAAAAUUUUUCGUGAGGAAAAAAAAUAUCGAGGAAUGAGUUUUUAGAAAGUUGUGAGCUAGGAUGAGGAGGUGAAAGUUGUGCUCCAGGUGUGAUUUUUAAUCAUUUGCAACGCGCGAACAGCAGUGAGUUCAAGCUAAACCCAAGGCAUAAAGAAUUAUUCAUUUAAUUAUCAUCAAUUUGAAUGGUGGAAGCACUCAGGAGGAGCCCACCGGCCCUAAACAUUUUUCCAUGCGGUCCAAUGGUUCAUGGGAUACAAUUUUCUAUUCGCUAUUGUGGAACAACGUUGUAUGUAACAAAAGAAAAAUCACGGAACAAAAUUGUGUAUUUUUUUCAUAUUCUAGAUGCGUAUUUAUAAACGAUUUAACAAAUCAUUAGGAGAUAUCAGGCCCGAGAUCCACUUGAGUGACUUCUACAUUACUUCAAUAGCUUUGGAUCACACUAAACUCUCAAUGAAUAACAAUAAAAAGGAGUGAACAAAUCACCCUCAUUAUUACAUUUUAAUGAACUUAUUUUGGCCACAAAAAAAUGGGAUUCUAAAUUUGAAAAUAAUGAAAUUGUUGUAAAAACAAUUGGUUUUUAAUCGAAUCGAUCAAAAAAUUAUUUAUAAGAAUCAAAAACAAAGUUCCAAUCGUGGUUGAGAGAAUAGGGAGAGGAAGUUGCGUGGAGCGUUUGAUGAAUUUGUAUUUAAUCAUCAAUUAAGCAGUAGAAACUACGUAAAAAUGGAUAAUUUUGAUCAAAAAAAUAUUGAUCAAUUUCCUUAAACAAUUGACUGCUGUUUAUUUCGUUAAAUUAUAGUUUCUCUCAAGCCUUUACCCAUUACAUUAUAAAUGUAAUAUAUUUAUACAUACAUAUAUAUGUACACAUGGAAGAUGAAGGGAAAACCUUAUUAUAUUAUUAUCAUAUUAUAUUACAUUACUAUUCAUAUGAUUGCUAUAUUAUUUUAUUAUAUUCGUACCGAACUACUAUGCAUAUAUGUCUAUUUCCGAUAAAUGUUUCACUGAAGCUAACAAUAGUUUCUGUCCUUACGUUCGUUCCAAAAACUAAUAACUGAUAGUUGAAUCAACAAUUUUUUCAAAUCCACUUGUAAACGAGUCUAUCCAAUUCUCAUUGAUUUAAUUGAUUUUUUCUCUAUCUUUUAUCCUCAAAAACAAAAGUGGUGCUCAAUAACGAAUUAAUGUUCUCUUCUUCCCCCAAAAGGACUUCAAUUAAUCAUUCAUUCAAAUAAUCAUAAUUUGAAUCCAACAGAGCCAAUUGUCAUUCAUCAAAUUAACUGCACGCAAUUGUUUAAAUUAAACAAAGGAGUGCAUUAUGAAAUCGGUCAUACGUAAAAAAUCAGCACGAACAAACACAUUGAUUAUUUCAAAAUCGGAAAUUUUUGUUGGCAAGCAUGAGGUUGACAUCAACUUAACAGCAGCGGAAAUUAAAAAAUUGAUGAAAGUGAGAUGAUAGAGAUUACGACAGAGUGAAAGAUUGAGGAAAUGAAAGAAUAAUGGGAGUGAAGGGUAACAGCACCAAGGAAUGACCAAACUCGCUUAAUGAGACAAAUGAUGAAAGAAAAGAGAAAACGAAAAAAAAACAACUUAAUUACUCGCUUUUUAUUUAUUUUAGUAUCAUUAAUUAUUCAUAUUAAUUAUUAUAUUUAUUGGUGUGAAGGCUGGAUGAGUUGAACAGCUGAGCCACCUCUCCGAUGCAGUAAAACAAUAAAUUUUGUUAGUGAAAUUAUUUCAAUUGUUGCGUGAACUAUUGUUUCCACUCUGUUUUUAUUAAAGGAGGAUCGAUGAGAAACGAGUGAAAUCGUUGAACAUGACUGAUUGUUUUUAAUUAUUAUCCAACGACGAAUCAACUGAUACUCUAAUCGAUUAGAUGAUGUGACGUCUAUUUGGCGAAUUUUUUGUAUGCAUAAUAAUUGGAUAAAUAUUGCUCUCAAAUGGUGAAAGAUGUAUAACGAUUCUACUCGCGUUCUGAUGGAAUAAUCAUUUCCUUGAUUAAUUUAUUUGUGAUCUAUUAAAGUUGGCAUUUCUUUUCUUAUCGACUGGAGCAACUCAUUGAUGAUUGAAAUAAAAUAAAAACCACCAAAUGGCGCAUUUAUUUUCACGACAGUGAAUUACCUGUCUCGCGUUUGAAAUAAAUGAGAAUUGCUUGGGAAAAAUCAGUGCAGCUAGCCUCAACGACAAACUAAAAUAGAUAAAGUUUUUAAAGAAAAAAAAAUGAUGACAACCGUGACAAUAUACAUGUAAGAUAUUUCGCGAGAUAUUUUGUGGAAGAUGAAAAAAAAAUGAAGAAACAAAGGGAAAAUAACGGGGCUUUUUUACCUAUUUUAUAGUAAUCUCAGCUUAAAAAAAUUGAUUGAGAGGGAUGGAGAGAGCCUUUAUAAUGAUGAAACAAAUAAUGAUAAAAAGAAAAUGUUUGUAAAUGCAAUUAAAAGUUAGAAAAUCGUCGAAUACGGUUAUGGGGAUGGUUCACUGUAAAAUGUGUACUCUACGAAUAAUUUUUUUGGUUCUUUAUAUAUAUAUAUAUUUUUUUUUUGUCUCUUUUUCGUUCAUCGUAAGAUUUUAUUAUUUCAAUGUUUCUUUCUUUGUCGUUUAUUGUUUUACAUUUGCGGACUUAGGCUUGCAAUUUUUGAUUAUUGAAAAUGAUGCAAGACGAGUGAAGGGAUGAAUUUUACCUUAUAAUUAUUGUGUAUAUGAUAAUUGUAAAAACAAAGAACAAACAAAAUCGUAUUUACUAUAUCAUAUUCAUUUCCUGAGGCAUUCGAUUGUCCUUCAAAUGAACAUAUUGUUUAAAAUAAAAAUGAAUGAAUAAAUAAAAACAUAA